CUGGACUCAACCGUAGUUACACAAUCCAUGUUCUGAUUUGUAUUUAUUUAUUUAUUUUUAAUCUCUAUCAUGUGACGUUUUAUUUGCCAGUUCAGCAAUACAUCGCUUAUGCAAACCGAAGCACUUUGUCUUGGAUUAACUGUUAUUGACACAUGCAAAACCAGCUUUCUGCCCAAUACCGACGAGCAGUGCUGAAAAUUAUCCUUGCUCAUUCGCUACAUCAGCUUUCAGUCAGGGAGAAUGUUUUUUAGGAAGUGCAUGUUCUUAGAACGAAACUGUUGCUGGAACGCUGUUUAUGGUGUUUGUAAAGUUGUAAAAUUUUGGGGAGAAAGAAGGACAAGCAAAAACAAGGUGGAACUGGAUUCAGGCCCCUAAUCAGUUGCUAUUGUUGGUAUAUUCAUCCCACUUGAAGGCGUGGUCUGCAAUACACUGACAGCAGGUUGAUACAGCACUUGGGUGAGAGGUAUGGCUGCAGUCAGGAAAGAGACCAGCCUGAAAGAUGAACUAACCUGUGCCAUCUGCUAUGACCUGUUCACUGAGCCGGUGAUGCUGGGCUGCAUGCACCACUUCUGCAAGGCCUGCAUCAUGACGUUCUGGAGGGGGGUCCAGGGCCCGGUGUCCUGCCCUCAAUGCAGGCACGAGUUCCCCAACAAACACUUUCAGACCAACUACCUGGUGGCAGGUGUGGUGGAGAGGGUCAAGGCUACAAGCACUGAAGGCUACGUGACAAAACUGCAGAAACAGAUGAAAGAUUCACUGAGAGAUAUUCAUACCAAGAGGGAUGACUUUCUGGGCAUGAUUCAGCGUGAUGAAGAGAAGAUUGGCUGCAUUCAGCGCUCCUGUGCCCAGCUGCAGAGGAAGGUCCAGGGCGAGUUUCAGCUCCUGCACCAGAUGAUUCAGGACGAGGAGGCGUCCAUGCUAGAGCAGUUGAAGCGAGAGGAGACAAAGAUGCUGGGCCAGCUAGGCACGCACCUGCAGCAGCUGAGGGAAGCAGUGAGGGAGGCGGAGGAGAGCAUGGAGAUCCUGCAGCGCACCAUGGACAGCAUGGAGCACAGCGUCGUGGUGGAGGCUCCAGAAAUGAACCUGAGAUCAUCAGUCGGAACGGAACCAAAUGUAAACUUCAACCUUAUCAUUAGUAAGUACUCGGGUCCCUUGCAGUACAUCGUUUGGAAGAAGAUGGCCAGGCUUCUCAAACCUGCACCAGCUCCGCUGACCUUUGACCCUGAAACAGCCCACCCUAACCUGAUCCUCUCCCGAGACCGACGGUCAGUAGCAGAGUGCAGCAAGAAUCUGUCUCCCCGCAGCCACCCCAAGCGCUUCGACCAGUGCGUGAACGUGCUGGCAGCACAGGGAUUCACCUGUGGGAGCCACUACUGGGAGGUAGAGGUGGGGAGAAAGACUAAGUGGGACCUGGGUGUGGCUCUAGGAUCUGUUGACAGGAAAACGAGGGUCAAACUGUGCCCUGAAAACAGCUAUUGGACCCUCAGGCUGCGCAAUGGGAAUGAGUACUGGGCAGGCACUCUGCCCUGGACCCCCCUGCGCCUCCACAGUGCCCCCUGUAGGGUUGGUGUUUUUCUGGGCUAUGAGGAGGGGAGGGUGUCCUUCUACAAUGCUGAGGAUAUGAUGCUGCUCUUCACCUUCUUUUGCAACUUUAGUGGGAAGGUCUUUCCUUUCUUCAGCACCUGCUUCAGUGACGGGGGCAGGAAUGCAGAGCCAAUGCGCCUCUGUCACCUCAGCCUUUAAAACCUGCUUACACAUGGCAUUUGGGGCCGUGUUCCCGGAGCCUAUUGUAUGUGCGAACUGUUCAGAUGCUUAUGCAUCUGUGAAUGGUACUAUUUUUUCUUUUGAUUUGUUUAUGUGCUUUUGCUUCUGUGAAUGUACUGUUUUUCUUUGGAAAUGUUUGCUUUUGCCUCUGAAUGUACUAUUUUUCUUUUGAUUUGUUACUACAUUUUUAGAUACCAUAGGCAGUGUAUGCAAUGUUCAAACAACUGAAUGCUGAAGUAUUUUGCACCUGUUGCUGCGAUACCUAUAUGGACAUGCAGUGUGCCAAACACAGAUCGAAAUCAAGUAGAUGACGAUUUUGGCUUACUAUGAAUUAUUUUCUUGCGGAAAACUCAACUGUCUGUAUUGUUUUGCAGAUGGCGACAGAAUAACAGACCUGUUAAUCAACAAAGUUUAGUUUACAGUAUUAAUAAAAAUAAAUCCUAAAUGUGUUUGCCAGAAGUAAAUCAGCUUAGAGCUGGAAAGAUCUCCAAUGAAUGAAAAAUGUUCAUAAUUGUAAAAAGGGACUAAAAACCCAUCUUGUUGUAACAGUAGCCUUGGAACUCCAGUUUGUUUGAAGGGGAUGGACAUAACGCUAGACACUGCACUCAAAAUGUGUUUAUGUUGGAGCAAUUCCCUUGCAACAAUCCUGUAAUUGACCCUAAAAACAAAUCAGACAAACUGGUUGGGGGUUAAUUAGCACAUGGGCAGUACACCAGUACCAGGCGCUUCUUUCUUUAACAAUAGACUGGCAUUUUAUUUCAUAUGUGAUAUGCACAGGGGUGGUUAUUUGUUUAUUUUUUUUAUCUACAAUACUUUUGGAUUGCAUUCCUGCUCAAUUUGACCAUCCAUGAAGAUCCUUCUAAACAGUGUUGUAGUGAAGCCGGAACACAAUUCCGCUACUAUUUUCUAUAGGCAGCUCGGACGUUGUUCUGCCACUGACACACAAACACAUAAAGUAUAGCAUUCUGAAAAGAGGAAGAAAGACACUUUGUGGAAAUACUUGUAGAAAUUAGAUGAAUGCAUGACCUAUUAUACGUGUGAAUUUUUAUAAUGAUUUUUGUUUAAGAAAAUCUAUACUUCAGUUCCAGUACCUUCAGAUCUAGGGCUGCACCACUGCUUAUAAACACUCCUACAAUGAGUUCCAGAUCACUCGGUUGUUUGCCUCCCCAAACCCUGCUAUGGACGGUCGAGACUGCAGCCUGGUCUCAGCGGUCUUGACCAUCAGCUCGUCCAAUCGGCCCCUCUCUUUCCUGAGCUCUGCCUGCAGCGUCACAAUGAGAGCCUGCUGAUUGGUUAGAAUGUAUUCCCAAGCGCAUGCCGGUGCAGACCCCUCCCUCUCUUUGUCUGGGGUGAGGGGCUUUUUGAGCUCCAUUGCUCCUGGCUCUCCUCACUGGAGCGCACUGCCUCUGCUCCCAGCAUUCCCUGAUCAGGAGGCAACCGGAAGAACAACAAACCCUAAAGACAUUGGCUGGGUCAUGCAUACAAAUAUUGUACAACUAUUGUAUUUCCAUAAUAAAGCAAGUUUUAGAAAAAAGUUUUGUUAAGCAUAUACUGUACAAUCACACAGAACUGACAAUGUCAAACUAUAACAAAACAAAAACUCUGUAUUAAUAAAGAAAUGGGACUUAUCAGCACUUGCUCUGAUGGCUUGAUCAGCUACAGUCCUCUCUUGUGGCACCCGAGGAUUCCUCUUAUCUGUCAGAAUCUCUGCUCCUUACUCAGCAAUGUAGCAAUGUGUAAUUGUGCAACAUGUCUUAUGAUUUGGUGUACCAUAUUUCUGACCUAUUAAACCACAUACUAUCCUUUUGUCACAAUUUCAGAAGGCUGAUUUGAACUGUUGGUUUUCCCUACUGGUUUUUCACUCUGCCCAUUGCUGCUGUGCUGUGAUUCCUCCAGUUCAUGCAGGUCUGUCCUCCCUUGUUUCUCCCAGUCUUCCCUGACCUUUUCCUUUGUGUUUGCUGGUUAACCUUGGAGCUGCUCUACCUCCUCGCGCAGCCUGGCUCCUUGCUGCCUCUCUCUCUCCAGUGCUCGUGUCAGCUCCUGUGCCUGACCCUGCAGGGUCUCCAGAGCAGCACAGACCUGAGUUCUGGCCUCUCUCUCCGAGCCUCCUCCCUGUUCAGCUGGACCUCCGUCUUGAGCUGCUGUCUGAACAGCAGAGCCUUCCACUCAGCCCCAUCGAUC